AUGGAUUCCUCAAAGACAAUCACAGAGAUAAAGUCGAAAUUCGUCAGAAACCAAAUUCGCAUCCUAUCUGUUGCUCUCACACCGUCGGAGGACUGGCACGACUAUGGUCCGGCUUCUGAAGAUAACAUCCCUGAUAAAAUAGUAGAAGAUGUAUUGCAGAAAUUCAACGCUAUUCUAAAGAAACAUAAUCGCGCAGUCUUCUCGUCACAAGCUAUCCACCAUGUCGCCCGUCAAAUCGAAAAUCUGUAUUGGAAUUCAAUUGAUCCAGAGACUGGUGGCGAGCUGUCGCAAGGCCUUGUCAUAGAAAAGGGCACUGAUUUGUCGAAUUCAAUAUACGAACAAUUACGGCUGCGCCUAUUAGAACUCGACAAACAGCGCAAAAAGCAGCAAGAGCGGCUUACGCAGUAUAGACUGCUUAGAGAACUCUUGGAGCCGUUCAAGGACCCGCAAAUAAACAUCCAGCCGAACUUAGUUACCAGGGAUAGUCCGCUGGGCCAGGAGAUUGACCGAAUGAGAAUGCUAGUUGCGAAGGUUACGAGCCGGGUUGGUAGGGGUGGUAGGAAUGCUGAACUUGAAGGGGCUUCCCAGUCGAUCAAUGAUCAUGAUGCGAAGCUUUCAGCGGUGUUGGAUAUGACUUAA